ACUUUUGGAAGCUACCGGUACACUGAUAUAGCAACUCUGGAUUACGGAUUCGGAGACGAUACGAAAGGUUCCAACUAUGAACCAGGGGGCUAUGCGUUCCAGGUACAGCAGCGCACCAACAUGACGCAACGGGAAGGAAUACACAAGUUUGAGAAUGAGCGUAUUAAGACGCUGCAGGAAGAACGGUUGCAUAUCCAGAAGAAAACGUUUACAAAAUGGAUGAACUCGUUUCUGGUGAAGGCCAAGAUGGAGGUCGACGACCUGUUCAUCGAUCUGGCAGACGGUAUCAAGCUUCUGAAAUUGCUGGAAAUCAUUUCUGGCGAGAAGCUGGGUAAGCCGAACAGUGGCCGUAUGCGUGUACAUAAGAUAGAGAACGUUAACAAAAGCUUGGCAUUUUUGCACACGAAGGUUCGGUUGGAAUCGAUCGGUGCAGAAGACAUCGUUGACCAUAAUCCCCGCCUUAUUCUCGGCCUGAUUUGGACGAUCAUUCUUCGCUUCCAGAUUCAAGAGAUCGAAAUCGAUGUGGACGAAGAAAAUGAAUCAUCGGAAAAGAAAUCCGCCAAAGAUGCACUGCUGCUGUGGUGUCAGCGUAAGACCCACGGCUACCAACAUGUACACAUUACUGAUUUUACCAACUCGUGGCGGUCCGGUCUUGGCUUCAAUGCGCUCAUCCACUCGCACCGUCCCGAUCUGUUCGAUUACAAUAGCCUCAUGCCCGGACGGAACAUUGAAAACCUCAACCAUGCGUUUGAUGUGGCGGAACGCGAGCUCGGCAUACCGCAGCUGCUGGACGCGGAAGACAUCGAUACGGCCCGGCCGGAUGAAAAAUCCAUCCUCACGUACGUUGCCUCGUACUAUCACACGUUUGCGCGAAUGAAAAGCGAACAAAAAGGCGGAAAGCGUAUUGCCAACAUUGUCAACAAGCUGAUGGACGCGGACAAAAAGAAAAUGCAGUUCGAGCAUCUGAUAACGAAUCUGCUGAGCUGGAUACGGGCCAAGACGGUGGAGCUGGAGAAGCGCAACUUUCCCAACUCGGUCGAAGGUAUCCAGGGUGAGCUGCUAGCGUUCAAAGAGUAUCGUACAGUCGAGAAGCCACCCAAAUACAAGGAGCGUAGCGAAAUCGAAGCCCUCUACUUUCAUGUGAACACCCUUCUCAAGUCCCUUAAUCAACCACAUUACACGCCACAGGAUGGGAAGAUGAUAAACGACAUCGAGAAGGCCUGGCAGCGGCUGGAAAAUGCCGAACACAACCGAGAGGUCGCGCUGCGUGACGAACUCUUGCGGCAGGAGAAAUUGGAACAGCUAAACUUCAAGUUCGAGAAGAAAUCCGUGCUGCGCGAGGGAUACCUUAACGAGAUGAUACAGGUGCUGACAGAUCCACGGUACGGGCCGGCACUGCGACAGGUUGACGCUACCGUCAAGAAGCAUGAAGCCAUCUCGGCCGACAUCCUGGCACGCGCCGAUCGGUUCAACGAUCUUACCGACAUGUGCAACGAACUGCACGAGGAGAACUACCACGGCAAGGAUCGGGUUAAGAAGCGCGAGCAAGAGGUGAUCACGAAAUGGAAAGAGCUGCUCGAACUGUUGGAAAAUCAUAAGCUAAAGCUGUCGCAGAUGAGUUCUUUGAUGAAUUUGUUACGCGAGCUCGAUGCAACGAUGACGACAAUAAAGGCACUUCAGGCACAGUUUGCGUCGGAAGAUGUAGGCCCACACCUGUUGGGAGUGGAAGAGUUGCUGCAAGCUCACUCUCUGCUCGAGCUGCAGGUUACGACGCUCGGCGAAACGCAACGUCGGUACGUUCGUCAGGGUGAAGCGUUCAAACGAGGUGACUACAAAGAUACGAGUCAACUAGACGCGAAACUAGCCGAACUGGGCAAACUGUAUCAGGAGCUACAAGCGAUGAGUGCGGCACGACGUGCCCGGCUGGACGAAGCGCGCGAUUUUUACCAGUUUGUGGAAGAUCAUGAGAACGAGGAAGGGUGGCUGGUGGAUAAGCAGCGCAUAUGUAAGGCUGGUAUCACGGCAAAGGAUCUGCGUGCCGUCAUGUCCCUUCAACAGAAGCAUAAAGCGCUGGAAGACGAGAUGAAGGUGCGCAAACCAAAGUCCAACCAGAUCACCGAAGCGGGAAAGAAAUUGAUCGGCGAUAAACACUCGCGAAUGGCGGAUGUGCAAGGAAAGAUCGAUUCCCUUCAGGAGCACUGGAAAGCGUUGGAAGAUUUGGUGGAUCUACGGAAGCGACAGCUUGAGGAUGCGGCCGAAGCCUAUCAGUACUAUGCCGAUGCAAACGAAACCGAUUCCUGGUUGAACGAAAAAAUGGCAUUGGUUGCAUCGGAUGACUUCGGUGUAGACGAACCUUCGGCCCAAGCACUUUUGCAACGUCAUCGAGAUCUUCAAGGUGAGCUGAAUGCAUAUUCGGGAGACAUACGGAAUUUGACGCAUCAGGCGGAAAAAUUGAUUAAGGCUGGCAUUUGCACGCUAGACUUGUCACCCGAACCGGAACCCGUACAAGAAAUGGAACAGGAAGAGUGGGUUAACGAGACGCGUCUAGUUCCGAAAGAAGUGUGGGAAGACGAACCAGUCGAGCGGCUUGAGCAUCGUACAGUGACGGAAAACAAGCUGCUACCGCACGUGCAAGCAUUGUACCGUUUCGAGGGUCAAAACAUGAAAGUGGCCAAAGGCGAUGUAAUGAUUUUACAGAACAAAAACAACGUUGACUGGUGGAACGUUCGCAAGCUUGACGGUACCGAAGGGUUCGUGCCGGCAAACUACGUGAAAGAAAUCGAGCCCCGACCAGUGCCCUGCUUGGUUCGGAAGGCAGAAAAGGUAAAGGUGAUGCAAAAGGUGAAGAAAACUAUCCUUGUAAAGGAGGUGAUACAGGUGAAGCGUGUCCGCCCGGCCAAGGUUAGCCAGAUGAAACCGCUGGUGAAACGGCGUACGAGGGCCGAUGACCCGGCAGCCAUGGAUAGCAACGACAGUGUCGAUAAGCGCCAAAAGCGCAUCAACGACACGUACGAUCAGCUGCAGGAACUUGCCGACAGGCGACGUGCCUUGCUGGAGGAUUCCAUCUGCCUGUUCCGCUUUUAUCGUGAAUGUGAUGAUUUUGAAAAGUGGAUAAAGGAUAAGGAGAAAAUGCUCCGCACCGAAGACCCGAAGGGUAGUGUGGAAACCGCCCGGCGCCAGUUUGAAACAUUUGUAAAUGAUCUUUCCGCGUCAUCAAAGCGCGUGGAAGCGAUCGACUCGGAUGUGGAAGAUUUUGUGCGCCAAGGUCAUUCGCAGCUGGACAAGGUGAAGGCUCGCCAACGGCAGAUCCACCAGAUGUGGGAACAUCUAAACUACCUGAAGGGCCAGAAGGAAAAGAGUCUCGAGGGUGCGUCCAGCGUGGAGUUGUUCUAUCGAACGUGCGAAGAAGCGAUCGAUUGGAUGAACGAAAAGAUGACACAACUCGAUACGGCUGAGGUUGGUCCGGAUUUGAAAACUGUUCAGGCGCUACAGCGUCGUCAUGAAAAUCUAGAACGCGAGUUGGCCCCGGUAAAAGAGAAGGUAAAUCGUGUGAAUUUGCUCGGCAACACUGUUAAAAACUCGUAUCCUUCCGAGCGCGAUAACGUCGGCGAAAAGCAGCGAGAAAUUCAAAACCUAUGGCAAAAGGUGCAGGAAAAGGCUAAGGAAAGACGAUCGCGACUGGAGAAUGCAGUCGGUCAGCAAAUAUUCAACAAUAGCACCAAAGCUUUGCUUAGCUGGAUAGCCGAAUGCAACAACCAGCUGAACGCGGAGGAAACGGCGCGUGACGUUGAAACGGCUGAAAAGUUGCUAAAGAAGCACAAGGAUUUAGGCGAGGACAUAAACGCACAUGAUGACGAGUUUGCACAACUCGCAAAACUUGGUCAGCAAAUUCUGGAUCGCAAUCCUGCGCUGACCGAAGAUCCUGAAAUGGCUAACAAGAUUGCAAAGCUGGAGGCAGAACGACAGCAGCUACAUGGUGCCUGGUUGUCGAAGGAGAAAAAACUACAGCAAUGCAUCGAGCUGCAGAUAUUUAACCGCGAGGCGGACAAGAUUGAUGCUACAACAAAAAGCCACGAGGCUUACCUGGAGUAUGACGAUUUGGGUGAUUCGCUCGACGACGUGGAAGCCAUUAUGAAGCGACACAUUGAUUUUGAAAAUUCGCUCGGAGCGCAGGAUAAGAUUCUGAAGAACUUCUCCGAAGGGGCCGAUCGAUUAAUCCGCAACAACCACUACGAUGCUAAGUACAUCGAUGAGCGUCGAGGUCAGGUUUUGGCACGUCGUGAACGGGUGAAGGAGUUGGCACAAAAGCGUCGCAACGCGCUGCAAGCUUCCAAGGAUUUCCAAAAGUUCUCGUCCGAUGUGGAUGAUUUGAACCGGUGGUUGGCGGAUAAGACCAAAAUUGCUAGCGACGAAAGUUACAAGGAUCUGUCAAACUUGCCGCGCAAGCUACAGAAACAUAAAGCCUUCGAGAGGGAGUUGAGAGCCAAUGAAGGCCAGUUGCGGAUGGUUAACAAAGAAGGCGAAUCGUUGAUCAAGACAAACAACCGUGCGGGUGAGGUAAGCGAUACGCUUGCGGGUAUCAAUCAGAAGUGGAAAGAUUUGGUAGCUACGUCCUUAGAGAAGGGACGCCGGUUGGAGCAGGCUGCACUGCAACGAGAACACAAUCGUUACAUCGAAGACUCGAAGAGUAAGUUCGACGAACUCGAUCAUGCACUGCAGAGCAAGCAGGUGGGCAACGAUUUGCGCAGCUGCAAGGAACUAAUGAACAAACAUCAAGUGCUUGAAAACGAUAUUGCCCUCUGGGAGCAGAAGGUAGCAGAACUGGUCACCACCGGCGAAGAGAUGGCACACGAGGGUCACUUUGAUGCGAACAAUAUUCAGAACGAAACUAAAAAGCUGCAGCUUCAGUUUGCUGGUUUAAAGACACCGGCCCGCCAGCGUCGGGAUGCGCUCGACGAAAGUUUGCGCUUCCACAAGUUUGUCUUCGAGCUAGACACCGAGCUGCAGUGGAUUAAUGAGCAUCUACCGGCAGCAAAAUCGGAAGUUAUCGGCCAAAAUCUUCACCAAGCGCAAAGCCUUUCGAAGAAACACAAAAAACUGGAAGCCGAAAUCGAGGGUCAUCAGCCAAUGAUAAACAAAACGUUAACUUCGGCAGAGAAUCUGAUCAACCAGAACCACCCGGAGCGGGCGAAGGUAAAGGAACUGUGCAAUGCACUGGAGAAAGCUUGGGCUGAUCUUCAAGAUCAAUCGACAGAGCGAUCACGCAAGCUGGAACUAUCGCUUAAGGCACAGCAGUAUUUGUCCGAAGCGGGUGAAAUUGAAACAUGGCUAGGAGAACGGAACAACGUUCUACGAUCGUCGGAUUAUGGGCGGGAUCGAGAUUCUGCUACGAAGCUGCUGACGAAGCAUAAGGUGAUCGAGCUAGAGCUGGACACUUACUCCGGUAUCGUAUCCGAGAUGGGUCAUACGGCGUCGGCCAUGAUUGCGGCUAAGCAUCCCGACAGUAAGAUUAUCGGAGCUAAGCAGCAGCUCAUUGAGAAGAUGCUAAAAUCUUUGCAAAGACUUGCUGGCCAGCGGCAACUACGUCUGAUGGAAAGUCUGUAUCGCCACGAAUACUUUAUGGAAUCAGCUGAACUAGAGCAAUGGAUCAAAGAGCAGGAACAAGCGGUCAACUCGGAAGAUUAUGGUCACGAUUAUGAACAUUUAUUGGUUCUUCAAAACAAGUUUGAUGACCUCAAGCAUCGUAUUGAGGUUGGAGCGGAGCGUUUCAAUCAGUGUGAAAACUUCGCCAAGAAACUGAUCGGCGGAGAUAGUCCGUAUGUAUCGGAAAUUGAAAAACGGCAAGAACUAUUGAGUAAUGCUUGGCAACAUCUCCUUGAGCAGUUGGAUGCACGUGAGAAGAAACUGCACGCUGCUGGCGAAAUACACAGGUUCCAUCGUGAUGCAGCCGAAGCUUUGUUCCGUAUACAGGAUAAAAAUGCGGCCCUAUCAAGCGAACUGGGAAAAGAUUUGAAUUCGGCUCUCGCGCUAGCACGUAAACACGAAGCGUUCGAAAACGAGCUAGUUCCGUUAGAAGCUCAACUGCAGGUGCUGGUAGACGAUUCGUUGCGCCUGCAAGCGAAAUACCCCGGAGACAAUGCUAAGGCAAUCGCGGCCGAACAGGAAAAUGUAAUCCAGUACUGGAAUUUGCUGAAAGAAAAAUCCGCUCUCCGCAACGAUCAACUCCAUGCAAGCUGUGAUCUGCAGCACUUCCUAACACAGGUACGCGAUCUAAUGUCAUGGGCAACGAACCUCCGAGCUGCCCUGCAGGCCGAAGAACACGUCAGCGAUGCUGCCGGUGCUACCGCUCUCAAGAUUCAGCAUGAUGCCAUAUAUGGUGAAAUUGAAGCACGUGAGCAAACGUUCCGCGAAUUAAACGAGCUCAGCGAUUCCAUGGUCCAGACAGGGCAUUAUGCAGCGACCGAGGUAGAGGAAAAGUGUUCCGCCCUGCUGGAUGAGCGUGCAAAGCUACAUUCGGCGUACAACAAGAAGAAGAUCUUGCUGGAACAGAAGAUCGAUCUUUUCUGCUUCAUGCGCGAUGCGAAGGUGAUCGAUAACAUUUCCAGCGGCCAAGAGGCUACACUGUCAAGUUCGGACUUUGGCCAAACGGUGGAGGUGGUACAAGAUCAGGUGAAGCGUCACGAAGCGUUCGAGAAGUUGAUCCAAACGCAAGACGAAAAGGUAGCGAUCCUGCAAGAGCACGGCCGUAAGCUGGUGGAACAGAACCAUUAUGAUAGUGAAAACAUCCGGCGACGCUUGCGGGAAAUAGUUGAGCGUCGGCAGAAGGUGAAGGAUCUGUGCGCGCUGCGACGGCAGAAGCUAGCGAAUGCAUUGCUUUAUACACAAUUCAUUCGUGACUGUGCGGAAGCCGGUGCAUGGAUCAACGAGAAGCAGAAGAAGCUGGAAGCGGAUGCACACAGCUAUACCGGCACGAGCAAUAUGGAGGAUAAGGUGAAAAAGUUGAAGAAAUUGCAAGCGUUCGAAGCCGAGGUGAAUGCCAACGAGGGUCGUAUCCGUGAGGUGCGCGAUAAGGGUGAAAAGCUGAUCGGCAAAAAGCAUGAAUGUGCCGGCGAGAUUCAGGAUGAGUUAGUGAAGCUGAUGCAAUCUUGGAACGUGCUGUUGAACGAGCUGUCCUCCCGCAGCAAGGGUUUGAAGGAGGCACAGGAUAUUUUGGAGUUUAACACACAGCUCGACAAACUGGAGGCUUGGAUCCGUGAUAAGGAAAUGAUGAUAAACGCUGGUGAGACGGGUCGCGAUUUGGAGCACUGCAAUGCGCUGCGUCGAAAGCUCGAUGAUGUGGACAGCGAUAUGCGAGUCGAUGAUCAGCGUAUCAAAAAUAUCAAUCAAUUGGCCGACAAGCUGGUGAGCCAAGAUAAGGUCGAGGGAAAGAAUGUACAGCAGCGUAGAGAAAACUUCAACAACAAGUGGAAAUCGCUGCAGGGUGCAUUGAGUCGCUAUCGAGAUUUGCUUUCCGGAGCGUAUGAAAUACACGUGUUCAACCGGGAUGUCGAUGAUACGUCGGAACGUAUAGCGGAGAAGAUGCUUGCCAUGAGUGUCGAUGAUACGGGGCGAGAUUUGAUUGCGGUGGAAGCGCUGAAACGCAAACAGGAAGCUAUCGAACGCGACAUGACGGCGGUAGAGCAGAAGAUUCGCGAACACGAAACCAGUGCUGCGGCGCUAGCCGACAAGUAUCCGGACAAUGCAAUCAACAUUGUGGAGAAGCUGGACGAGCUGAAAAAACACUGGAAUGAAUUGCAGAAUGCAAGCGUGAAGCGGGCGGAGAUGCUCAAGCAAGGCUACACUGCGCACAAGUUUACCGCCAACGUGAAAGAGCUGGAACUUUGGGCGAAUGAAAUGAUCAAGCGCAUGGAUUCGGCAACGAAACCGGCGACUAUUACGGACUGUGAGGCGCAGAUACAAUUGCACAACGAGCGUAAGGCGGAAAUUGACGGACGUGAUCUCGUGUUCCGAGAGCUGAAAGAGCACGGUGAGCGUUUGGUGGCAGAAAACCGCGAACGUUCCGUCCGUAACGAUCACGUCGAGAAAGCCUUGCGCAAUUUGGAGGACCUGAACAAGCAUCUGCACGAUUCGUGGAAGGGACGGUCCCGUGGUCUGAAGGAAGCACAUCAGCUGCAGCUGUUUAAGGAACAGGCCGACCAGAUUGUGGAAUGGCUGACCAACAAGGAAGCAUUCCUGAACAAUGAUGAUCUGGGCGAGUCCUUUACCGCCGUGGAAGCGUUGAUAAAGAAACACGAAGCGUUCGAGAAGCUGCUACAGUCCAAUCGUAUCGUUGAGCUGGAACGAUUUGCGGAGGAAAUUUUGGCCGAAAGUCCGUUUGAAGCGGAUGUGAUCAAGCAGCGUCUGUAUGCGGUUAUUAGCCGUAAGGACAAACUGCUUGCUUCGGCCGAAGCGCGAAAGCAGAAGCUACAGGAAAGUCUGCAAUUACAGCAAUUCCUGCGCUCACUGUAUGAGGUUGAAAAGUGGACGAAUCAGAAAAUGCAAAUCGCACUGGAUGAGAACUACCGAGAGCCGAGUAAUUUGCAGAGCAAAAUACAGAAGCACGCCGCCUUCGAUGCGGAGCUGCUCGCCAACCAAGGUCGUGUGACGGCCGUCAUAGAGGAAGGCGAGUCGCUGAUCAAUGCCGAACACUACGCGAGCGCUAUGGUGCAGGAUCAGCUGGACAUCGUGGAAAGCGAGUGGCAGAAGCUGCGUGAAGCCUCUCGCGAGAAAAAAGAACGUUUGGCCGAAGCGUACGAAGCACUGCUGUUCCAGCGCAGUCUGGAGGAUUUCAACAACUGGAUGGACGAGGUAGAAGCGCAACUUUCCUCCGAAGACUAUGGCCGUGAUUUGGCAUCCGUGCAUAAUCUGCUCAAGAAGCACGAUAUGCUCGAGGCUGACGUGGCCCAUCAUGCUGACACGUGCGAGCAGAUCAAGGCAACCGACACGAAGAUGCUGUCGUCCGAUCAUUUCCUGAAAGAGGAACUGCACGAAGGUGCGAUGCUCACGAUCAAGCGCUACCAUUCGCUGCAUGAACCUACCACCAUACGGCGAGACAAUUUAGAGGAUUCACUGCAGCUGCACCAAUUCUUGCGUGACGCCGAAGACGAGCUGCUGUGGCUGAACGAGAAAGAACCGCAAGCUGCAUCGAAGGAUUUGGGCAGCAGUCUAACGGCGGUGCAAAGUUUGCAGAAGAAACAUCAAGCACUCGAGGCCGAAAUUCUCAUCCAAGAACCGAUCAUCUCCGCUUUGGUACAGCGCGGCCAGCAGAUGAUCCGCGAUAGCCAUUACGCGGUGGAACAAAUCGAGCGACAGUGUGGGCAGCUGCAGAGCAAGCUGGUUAACCUGCGAAACCUUACAAACGUGCGGCGGCUUCGGCUGCUGGAUGCCGUCGAAAGUCAACAGUUUUACGCUGAAGCAAAUGAGGCCGAAUUUUGGUUGCGCGAGAAGAAGCCCAUAAUUUCUUCGCAAGAUUAUGGCAAGGAUGAAGAUUCGGUCAGUUCGCUACAGAAGAAGCUGGAUGGAUUGCAGCGUGAGCUCGGUGCAUUCAAGCCGACGGUGGAAAAAAUCGAAAAACUCUCGAACGGACUGCAAACACGCGGACACUUUGAUAGUGAGAAAAUCAAGAACAAAAACGAUAAAAUCCAGUACCAGUUCGUGGAAUUGAAUCGGUUGGCUGGGGAGCGGGAGAAGAAGCUAGCCGAAAUGAAGAAGCUGUACGAGUUUGUGCGUGAGAUCGAUGAUCUUCAGGAGUGGAUCGAGGUGCAGAUGACAACGGCCGGUUCAGAGGAGUACGGUACGGAUGUUGAGCAUGUGGAGCAGCUAACAGCACAGUUCGAAUCGUUUGUAUCGAAUCUGAAUGCUAAUGAAUCGCGUGUGACGGCCUGUGUCGCGAAAGGUGAGUCAUUACUCAACGAAGGCAAUCCCAACAAAGACACCAUUAAGGCAAAGCGUGAUGAAACGAAGCAGCUGUGGGAGGAGCUGAAGGAUUUGGUGGUUGCACGGCAGGAAGCGCUGGCCGGUGCUCGCCAAGUGCACGUGUUUGAUAGGACAGCUGAUGAGACGAUUGCCUGGAUCAAUGAGAAGAUAUCGUCGGUACUGUCAGAAGACUAUGGACAUGAUCUGGAGACGAUCCAAUCAUUGGUACGCACACACGAAGCGUUUGAAGCCGAGCUGGGCGCUAUCAAGGAGCAGCUGGAGUCGGUAGUGAACGAAGCCCAGAAGCUUGCCGACACAUAUCCGGACGCGAAGGAACAUAUCGAGGUGAAGCGUGAUGAAACGAUCGAGGUAUGGUCAGAGCUAAAGGAGCGCACCAUCCAGCGCAAGGAGAAGCUUAUGCAAGCCGAACAGCUGCAGGCGUACUUUGACGAGUACCGUGAUCUGAUGGCGUGGAUCAACGAAAUGUUGGCGAAGAUCACCGCUCCGGAUCUAGCGAAGGAUGUUUCCGGUGCGGAGGCACUGAUCGGCAAAAUCAAGGAACAUCGUACCGAGGUGGAAGCGCGCAAAGAAGCGUUCGAAGUGUUUAAUCGUACUGGACGGAAGCUGAUCCACGACAAGCACUUUUUGGCGAACGAGGUGCAGGAGAAGAUCGCAGUACUUGAGCAGCGCAAGCGUUUGCUCGACAACACCAUUGUGCAGCGGUUGGAGAUGUACGAGCUGAACCUGGACACUCAGCGUUUCCUGAAGGAGGCAGAAGACAUGGAAACCUGGAUCAUAAGCCGUCAGAUGCAACUGAAGGAAUCGAAGCUGGGUGACUCGAUCGCUCAGGUUGAGGAUCUGUUGAGGAAGCACGAAGACUUUGAAAAAACCGUUGCUGCUCAGGAGGAGAAAGUGUUGGCACUCAGACGAAUCACGCUACUGGAGCAACGGUUUAAGAAACAGCUGGAAGCGGAACAGGCUGCUCGAAUCGCCGAGAAGGAACGUAUCGAGCGGGAACGCCACGAAGCGCUGAAACAAAAAGAGGUUCAAAGAAUCACGGAAGAACGACGACGGCGGGAACCGGCCUCAAUCAACGGUUACAACGAUUCCGUGCCCGGAAUGGGUAAUGCCAGUGGUCAUUUGUCGCCCGGAAGUGCUGGCAUGAUGGCUGAUCGUAACGACUCUUUGACUGCUCCCGGUGGUAUGAUGAACGCCUCCAACAGCUCAGUUUCUGUCAACGUUAGCAACGUGGAUCAAACGAGUCCGGUACAGAAAUCGAAUUCCUUUGCUACGAUGUUGCAGGAGCGUUUGCGUCGGGGAUCGGACAGUAACAUCAAGCGGGCGGAAAGUAUGAAGAUGGGCCUAAAACCGGUAAAACGUGCACCGUCCUUUACGACACGUCGCCGUGCCCAGAGCUUCCGCAAGAAUCAACGAACAGGUGGUGCGGGACCGGAAACGGACGCUUCGCUUCUGCCACCGGUAGAAGUGCAGGGAAUGUUGGAACGCAAGCACGAACUUCAAUCCGGUGGGAAGAAAGCACCGGUACGCUCGUGGAAACCAUACUACACUGUGCUGUGUGGUCAGUUGCUGUGCUUCUUCAAGGAUGCCGAAGACUUUUCCAUGCAAAAGGCGGCCACUGCUCCGGUGAACAUACUGAACGCAAAAUGCGAGCGAGCAGAGAACUACACCAAGAAGAAGAACGUGUUCCGGUUGGUCUUGCUUGACGGAUCCGAGUUUCUGUUUAUGACCAACUCGAAAGAAUCGCUCAGCGAGUGGGUAAACAAAAUUGCGUUCCAUGCUGCGUUGCCGCCAAACUUGCAACUUAUGAGUUACGACGAGUCUGUGAAGCAAAGCAACAGCACUCCAGACAUGAAAUCGAUCAGCUCGGCCCAGUCUCCAACGCCCGAUCGGAGCGAUGCCGCGUCGUCGAUAAGUUCGCGAACUUCAUCGCCAGACAGCCAGCGUCGGGAUUCGCGAACCUCGCUAAACAGUGCCAAAUCAGGAUCGGGUAGCAACGGUAGCUUCCACACGCCGCAGACCAACUUCCUCCAGAAGCAGAAAGAGUUGCGCGAACAGGAGCUACAGCAUCAGCGCAUGUCAUCUGGUCAGCAGUAUAACAACCUACCAUCUCCGACCUCACCGGGUCCGAUGCCAGAAGUGUUUGGAUUGGCCGAUAAACCUCCGAUCCCACCACGUGGUAUGCCACCGCCGGUCCCUCAGCGUCAGUCCAGUACGGACAAUGUGUUGAACAACAAUAAUGGUACCGUACAGUUGCGCUCCAAAUCUAGUUCGAACAGCAGUCCCAAUGGAACUGACUACGAUAAUGCCAAUAUAGGCGGUGUCAAUCGACCAUACUCGUUACAACCGGGCGCGAUGUCCAGCAAACCCCAAGCUGCAUCACAAAAUGGCAACCUCACGGGUGAAGAUGUGUGGUUACGAAACAGUGAAAUAAGGACAUCAGAAUAUUCCGUUCCACCGGUUCCGAUAACUUCGACACCGUUGAGCACGUUCACACCGCUGAAGCCUCCGUCCGGUUAUCAGCAUCCGGUGCAGCAUUAUCAGCAGCCACCAUCAACCACAGGGACGACCACUUCAACUUUCCAACCUCAUUCAAAUCAUCACAUGCCUCAGCAGCAGCAGCAGCAGCAAAAGCAACAAAUUGAUCAGUUCAUUCGACGGGAGCAGCAAACGGGAAACAAUUCGGCUGCCCAGCGUAGUGGCUCUACCACAGGAAACAACGGUACAUCGCGUACGACAUGGCACCAUCCGAUGGUACCUACCGGUAAUGGGACCGGCAACACCAACACCACCAUCAAUGACCAACAGCAGCUGGCUUACCACGGCAACGGAAAGCCCAACCAUCAUCAUCACCAUCCACAUCAUCACGUGCAGCAAGGAAGCAUGGCGACACAGCUGCAAUCACCAGCACCGCAUAUGGCCAACAGCAGCAAUAGCAACACCUUUGGCAACAGUAUCAACCUGGACGGCUUCAGCACCGGCUGGGGUCAGACCCGUUUUGAUUCAGCUCGACCAACAUCGUUACCUCCGGCCGGUGGCAACAACAACAGCUCCAGUGGCAGCACGAGUGGUGGUGGCGGCCCAGCGUCGACGAUGGUAGGCCAAGACUUUGGUCAACUCGUUGCCGGUGGUGUAGGCGGUCGUCAUCAGUCGGCCGAAAGCUCUAGCGAAAGUGAGGCCAGUUUCAUCAAGGGUGGCAAGGAGUCGUCGAGUGGCAAGGAUAAGAAGGGCGUUUUCAGAAUAUUUUCUAAGAAAAAGUCUAAAAACUCAAGUUAA